AAAUGGUUCACUGACUUUCUGAGUUUUAACUUUAUAAAAGUUUGAUAUGCAAUUGUUUGAUAAAGAGACGGUUAAUGUGGCAGACUACAAUGUAUAUGUUUGUUUCUUCAUUAAACAGGUCUACUAUCCAUCAGAACUGCUGUCAACACUGAGGGUGGCUAGGGAUUUGGGCUAGUAUGACGAUCUCUGACGGCACUGUGGCUGCGAAGGGUGCUAUAAGGGAUGCAGGUAGCUGCGGGAUGUGUGUGGCAUUGGCGGCGGUGUUGGAGACCCCGCCAUGGCUGCUGUCAGGAGCAAUGAAUUCUGCUCGGGCCCACGAGACAUGGUGCCACAGACGAGCUGUGUACCAGAUGUAUAACGGGAGCAAAAUGCCAGACAAGAAGUUUGUAGAUGAGAUGGUUAAGGCCCACAAUGAGUACAGAGCAACUCACCAGGCGCCGCCAUUAAAGCAUGCCCAAGAUCUUACAGACUACGCCCAGAAAUGGGCGGACCACUUGGUGGCCACAAACUCCUUCAACCACAGCCCAUGUGACCUCAAAGGUCAAAGGUUAGGGGAAAACAUCGCCAUGAAGUAUGACUCCAGUAUGACUGAAUAUACUGGUCAGGAUUGCACAGAUCAGUGGUACAGUGAAGUGGCCAAGCACACAUUUGGAGGCAGCAAUGGCAGCAGUGGAACAGGCCAUUUCUCCCAAGUUGUGUGGAAAGGCAGCAAGGAGGUGGGCGUGGGGAAGGCCCAGGACAAGAGUGGCAAGUACAUCGUGGUGGCCAGCUACCGUCCAGCCGGCAACAUGAUGGGCGACUAUGCAGAGAACGUGCUGCCACCCCGGGACGGCAAGAUCAGGCUGCCAGUACAGAAAGACAAGGAAGCAAAGCCAUUCAGUGGCCGGUUCGAGGAGGGACGCAGGGGGGGAGGGGAGCAGGGGGCCACCGGGGGCACAGAGAAGAAGACUGUGAAAACAACCACCAGGACGGAGGGUGGGGUAACCAAGACCAUUGUGGAGGAGACGGUCAUCAAGCCAGAUGGUUCAAAGGUCACCACCACAAGGGAGACAACAACAACAGCAGGAUCAACAUCUUUUAAAGGUGACACCAGUGUGGCCACCCUCAGUCUGCAUGAUGACAAGAGUACAAAGGAUGGCAAGAGUAAGCAGGGCCACUCCAGCUCCUCGGAUGAAGACACCAAGAAGAAACCCCAGAAGAUGAGUGACUUUAUUGAUGAGGCUGUCAAAGUGCACAAUGACCUCAGGGCCAAGCACGGAACAGGAAAACUGAAGCAUGCCAAAGAUUUGUCAGCAUUUGCUCAAAAGUGGGCGGAGCACCUUGCGUCCAAAGAUCUGUUUGAGCACAGCGACUGCAUGCUGGAUGGAGAAAGGCUUGGUGAGAAUGUCUGCUGCAAAUGGUCCUCGGCAGGGGCCGACUACACAGGUCGUGAGGCAUGUGAGCAGUGGUACAGUGAGAUCAGCAAGCAUGACUUCAGCUCGGAACCCCGAUCACUGGGCUCGGGUCAUUUCACCCAAAUGGUAUGGAAGGGAUCAAAGGAAAUGGGAAUUGGCAAGGCAAAAACCUCUAAAGGAAAGUGCAUUGUUGUUGCCAACUACCGACCUGCCGGCAAUAUUGUUGGCCAUUUUGUUGAAAAUGUUCCACCAUUGAAGAAGUAGACAAUCUACUUUUUUCUUUUGAAUAAGAUUUUUUAGACGUUUUUGUUUUUAUUUCUUUCUAUUCAGCUUUCUCUCUAUAUAUACAUUGUUUGUAAUUCGUAUAUAAAUAAAACCUUGUUUACCAUAUAAAUUCCAUUUUGAUUGAAUGAUCUGUUUAAUUGUAUGCAGCAAUUGAUUUGAAACAAAUAUUUAUGUUUGAUAUCAUAAUUUUCAUUUCCAGGAUUUAACAUUUAACAAUGAUUUAUAAUCAUUUUAUGAGGCUUUUUUUAUUGACAUGCAUGUCUCAAUUGUUAUGUUAUGAGAGUUAUUGUCAUAUUCUUGUUGAUGUAACAACGUUUUUAUUGUUUUUUCUUUGAAUUAACUGUAUUCUUACUGAAGCUUUUAAUAAUAAUAUACGAGUUGUUAUAAUAUACAAGUGUAACAGUAAAUGAUUGAAGUUUAUAAA